AUGACUGACUAUUGGUAUUUGGCAGUGGAAAUCCUGACUGCUCGGCAGAAGAAAGCUGAGGAGCUGAAGAGACUGACAGACCUAGCCAGUCAGAUGGCUGAAGCACAACUGUCUGAACUCAGGGCUGAAAUUAAGCACUUUGUGAGUGAACGGAAAUAUGAUGAAGAGCUGGGCAGGUCUGCCCGAUUCUCCUGUGAUACAGAACAGCUGAAGACCCAAAUUCAGCAGUGUGGAGAAAUUUCUCACCCAAAGAACAAUUAUUCCUCAAGAACACCAUGUAGUUUAGUGCUGUCUUCAGUGACCUCGCAUGGAACUGGCAAGCAAAAUACGCACACCCGAAAGUCCUCUAGUAAUGUCAAGAACUCUGAUAAUAAAACAGCCAGCAUUAAAGUACAAAGUCAUCUUUCUUCCAAUCCUCCAGAAUCUUCUCAAGGAAUCCCAACAAAUAAGCAGAAUGGGCCUUCUAGCCAGAGACGAAGAUUCAACCCACAGCACCAAAACAUGCGGCUCAGUGGAUCUCUUAAGUCACAAGGUGCCGGUAAUGAGGCAGAUCAAAGUACAAAGAGUGGUUCCAGGUAUGAGCACAGAAGACAGCAGCAUAACAGCUUCAGAUGUAAAAAUAAAGGAGCUCUGAAAAAUCAAGAGCAGUCUACAACUACAAGGACCACAGAGAACACAACACAUUCCGAGAAGACCCGACGGAAGCAUCAUACACCAGACACCACGGAGCACAAGCCUUUCCAAGGCAGUGUUAGAAGGGCAUCACAAUGUAAUUUAUGUCCUGCAAGGAUGGAGGUCUCUGCUGAUGCCACUGUUCUUUCAGUGCCAGCUGUGACUCUGGUGGCUUAAAAUGUCACAGUGAUGGCAGGCAGAGAAAUUUAAUCUGUUCAUUCUAGUUUCUUGCUGGAAAUGCUUAUUGGUGGAAAAAAAAGUCAGUACAUAGUCUUUUAAAUCUGUUGCUACUUAAAACUUGUUGGUAGCUUUGUUACUUACUAAUGAUCAAAAUUAAUUCAUACUUUCAAGGCUUUCCCCAAUAUACUCGCAGUUAUUUUGUCGUGACAGUACAGAAUCUUACCAAAGCAGCAUUUACUUCUUAGAAAAAUGAUACUUAGAUUGGAAAAAUAAAUUGAUAAUUAAAUUCAUCAUAGAAAAAAAACUGUUGUAGAUACGUGGUUAUACCUGUCAACAUUAUUAUUUUAUAGAAGAGCCUGUGUUAGAAGGAUCCCAGGAAGUCUGUAUGCUGCAGUGAAAUCAGAUAAUCUUGUACAAUUUUUCAGCAAAUCUCUAUACACCUCUUUCUUUCUGUGCAUGUAUACAUGUACAUACAUGCACACUGUAUACACAGAGUAUUAUUAUAUACAAGAACAGCCAAAAAAGCAGUUCAUUUGAUUUUCAUUUAUUAUUCCAUAAUCUGAGAUCUUUAAAUUCAAGUAUAAAUUGUAUUAAAUGUAUUGCAUAUUGGUAUUUUUCAUUGACAAGCUAUUUUUGUGAGGCUGAGGAAAUAUCCUCAUUUAAGUUUGGAAUGUAUAUAGUAAUGGCUAUUCAGAUGCACAGCCCUGUUCUCCAUCCUUAUCAGCCACUUUUCUAUGAUCAGUUGGAUUUAUUUUUUUGCAUAUGAAAAGUUGCAGGUCUUCUAGACUUGAAUUCAAAUUAUUUUUCUAUAUUUUUGCGGUAGGAACCAUCUGUCCAUAAUGGGAGCUAUGACUAAUAAAUUACUUAGUCUUAGUGUUCCAGUUCUGUAUUUCAGAAAAACUGUUUCUUCAAAAAAAU